UAGUCGCGGCUGUGUUCUUCAUUUUGGCUCUGCCACUGAUAGGAAUGCUCAUUUUCUACUGUCGAAUCGUGCGAGUGUCGGCCAGAAGCACGCGCGCCAUCAGCAAACAUGGCGGAGUGCUCGUCGUCAAACUGCGCAGGCGCGACCGGAAGCUGAAUCAGCUGGUGGUGCUGGUGCUGGCCGGCUACGUCAUCACGUGGCUGCCCUACACCGUCGUCUCCCUCCACGCCACCAUCGUGGGAGGUUACCAGCUUCCCGUCUACAUGGUGGCUGUGGUGACGCUGUUCGCCAAACUCUCAGGGCUCACCAAUCCGCUCUUCUAUAUUCUGGUGUCGUCUAGAUACAGGUGA